AUAUUAAUAUUAUUAGCAAUAGCAGUUGGGUGAUUUUACCUCUCUACUUCCUGUGAAGUGAUGUAUCGAUGUUCCCUUAUUCCCUAAGCCGUUCGCAGUGCUCUUCGAACUUAACAUGUUUGUUCCUCUCGGAUUGGAAUAUCACUUAAGAUGGCGGAAUACCCUGUGAAGUCCAUUUCGCAGUCCACUUACGGUCGAAUGGAACGCUCCUUCGAUCACACACACGAGCUGUGCGUUCUCUGUCUGGGAAGAGCAGGCAUGGGCAGAGUGGAGUGUGUGUCUCUGGAUGCUGAGCGAGGAGAUACUCUGGGAAAAACCACUUGCCAAAUCAGUAAACCCAUCCUCAAGGGAAACACUCAGGUUGUGUUUGACAUUACAUACAGUAUUAAUAAAGAAAGUACACUGGGCCAGAAUGUGACGUUUGCUGCUGAGGUCACGAGUGGAAAUGACAAACACUCAAUCAACAGUGAGUUUAAAAAACAGAAAACCAUCGAUGUCAAAUACGCCAUCUAUAUUGCCUUGAUAAGGCAUGAAAGUUCCACCAUCCACAUUAAUUUUACUUCAGGGAAAAGGGAUCUUAUGAAACCUGUCCAGCAGAUAAUAAGGGUUCAGAAUGACCUCAGAGAAUUAAUUUUCAAAGUGUUCAUCAGAGUACCAGUGAAACUUGGUGAUAACUGACAUCUGGACUAAUUCAAAUCUGCAAGUGUGUGAAUUUAUUUCUUAUUUUAUAAGCCAUACAGGUAUACUGAUAAUUGUAAAUAAAUAAUUUCGGUAUGAUGUAGGGAAGAAAAAUGGCAUCCCAUCCUUCACCCAUAAUUGUUUUGAAAUUUGUUUGAAAAUGAAGGGAAACUUGUACUUAUGUUUGAAACCAGUGUUCUGAACUAGGGGGCCUCAGCAAACUUACAAGUAGGCCUCAGGAUGAUGUAAAAGUAUUUAAAUUAAUAAAAUAUUACUAUGAUAUUAA